AUGGCACAAUCAGCCUCCACGGCUACCCACUCGCGUAAUGCACGGGUGCGACCUAGCACCCGAAGAGCCUGCACGGCCCCUAGAAGCUCCCCUGAGCAACAGCAAACCUCCCAACACACCCCUCCCACACAACCUCCCACCAACACAUGCCUUGGCUGGUGUCACUUCCGGCUAUGUUCUGGUCUACGCACCACUCGCGAAUGGACUACAAACUACAGCGCCCCUUGCUGUAGUGCACCGCCGACGCAGACAACAACGCCCAUAUCGCAGCCACCUACCAUCAGGCUGCAACAGCAACUGCGUCAGGCGCCACAGGCCCAAGGUGCGCUACUCAGAGGCGAAUACCGAUUGGUAGUAGGUGACUUCAAUGCGCACCACGAUCUUUGGCACUCAAGCCUGGCCAAUGAUCGGAGGGGAAACAGUUUGGCUGAGCAGAUAGACGAUUCGACAUUCUGCACCAUUAACGACGACGCCCCCACCAGGAUUGUGGGCAGCUGCAGCAGCUCGCCAGACGUAACAAUUGCUAGCGCUGGUCUGAUAAAUAGCAUAUCAUGGCGACCUAUGCUAACGUUAGCAUCAGACCAUCUGCCCAUAAUCAUCUCGAUCAAUAAGCCCACCGACUUUGCUCCCGCGGAUCACCGAACCUACACCAACUUCAACAAAGCUGAUUGGAACGGCUUCGCGGAAGUUACCGAGAGCAGCUUCGCCGCCCUCCCCACACCCACAGACGUACAUGCUGGCGAACGCCAGUUCCGCAAGGUAGUCACAGCCGCAGCAGCUCGCUACAUACCGUCCGGACGCAUCGCGGAAGCCCGCCCAAAUUUCCCGGCUGAAGCAGCUGUCGACCCCGGGGACCCUCGCUUGAGGGAACUUAAUUUGGAGAUUCGGCAACUGGUAAAUCAACACAAGCGGACAAAGUGGGAAGAGCACUUGAAGGCCUGUAACCACCUGAAGGAGUUUCCCUGA